GACGGAGACAAUGAAUGUAUUAGUAUGGUGCUGAUCAUUGUCAUAUUUUCAAAUUGAUGUUGGUAUUGUUACGUAGUUACCCCAUCAGUCCGAAUGGAAUGCUCCAACAGACGCAGCGUAAUGACGUAAUAUUUGCGCGGGUGAGUAGAACGUAGGAAACCACGACAAACAAACCUAGAUAAACAAUGUACAACAUACGCGUUUGAGACUUCGAGAAAUACACAAUGUCCUCAUGGCGGCAGCUGGAGCUUCACCCGAGGAUCAUCGGCGCCCUGAGGAAAGCUGACAUCAAGUCCGUCAGGGACGUGUUGUGCAUGUCAGGUCCAGAUCUGCAGAGACUCACCUCCUUGUCAGCCUCUGACGUCCAGCGGCUGCUAACGUCCGCUGCACUGGCCUGCAGGCGACAGAGCCCGCUACCAGUUCUUGUGUUGCAUCGACGCGAGUGUCACACGUUGGAGUCUGGUCUCAGACUCAGCACAGGCUGCCCUCUGUUGGACCGGCUGCUGAGAGGAGGUCUUCCUGUCGGCGGCGUCACUGAGCUGUCAGGAGAGAGCGGCGUCGGGAAGACCCAGCUGGCUCUGCAACUCUGUCUCUCUGUACAGUAUUCCACACAACAUGGGGGGUUGAAUUCAGGAGCUGUGUUUGUGUGUGCGGAGGACGCGUUUCCCAGCAGACGUCUGCAGCAGUUGAUCAGAGAACAGUCGUCCUUUCGCCCUGAUGUCCCUUCACAUGUGACCAACAGCCUUCACUUUAGUGACCACGUUUAUGUCGAGCACGCUGCUGAUCUGGUAGGUGUUCUGAUGGCUCUUCACUCGUGUCUGACACAUCGCGUGCCCCUCUUGCUGGCUCGUGGUCUGGUCCGGUUUGUGGCCGUUGACUCGGUGGCAUCUCUAUUCAGGUCAGAGUUUGGAGUGGCUGAUUGGCUAGAGAGGACAAGGGAGCUACUGACGGUCUCCUCAAAGCUGCAUUACCUUAGUCACGAAUUUAAUACUCCUGUUCUCUGCAUCAACCAGGUGACUGAUAUCUUCAGUAACUCAGAAGAACAUUUUGGUCCUUCUUCCUCAACAGUGGGCCCGGCUUUGGGCUUAGCUUGGGCCAAUCAGGUGAUGGUUCGUCUGAUGAUGCAGCGUCUCAAUGCAACAGUUAUCAAGGGCAACCAGAACAGCGCCCUGCGCAGGUUGGAGGUAGUGUUUGCACCUCACCUGGCUCGAACAGGUCAAGAUGCCGCAGUGUGGAAGGAGGGCGUCCAAGGAGUUGAGACUGGACUAAUGUUAAACAUGCAAUGAUCAUCCAUCCAUCCAUUUUCUACCGCUUGUCCCUUUCGGGGUCGCGGGGGGUGCUGGAGCCUAUCUCAGCUGCAUUCGGGCGGAAGGCGGGCUACACCCUGGACAAGUCGCCACAUGAUUGUUCUUAAUUGACAAUGUUCAAAACAACAAAGCAGUGUGUUCUAUUCCUCAUACCAAAGUCAUGUACUGAAGUGCCUUUAAUGUUUACAGACACAUGUUUAAAAAACAUAAGGUGAAUUGUGUACACUUGCAUUACUAUUAUUAUCAAAGUCAGUGAUUGACUGGUGACAAAGCUACACAUUGUUUGAACAUUGCCAUUUGUUGUCCUAACUGCGGAUAUUUUUCUUAAAUAAUUGGAUGUCGUUCUCUUUCCUCGGGUGACUAUUUACAUUGGUUGUGUGUAAGCUAUGUAGCUUUCUUUUCAAAGUGGAUCUCUGUAUUUUUCAGAUGCUGUUUUACAUAAGAGAGGUUUUAUGCCCAAGAACGUAGAAACCCAACUGACAGAAAAAAACAAUCACAAAAUAGCAGUCAAAAUUUCAUAGUUUGGUUGAAGCACCCCUCGCGACCCCGAAAGGGACAAGCGGUAGAAAAUGGAUGGAUGGAAAACAGACUUUGUGAUUAUAACCGCUAAAAUCCGAAAUACUGUAUUCAAAUCUGAAAUUUUAAUGUCUUUUUUUAAGAGAAAAGUUGUCAGCUGACCUUUUUCUUUUUAAAUACAUUUCAUCCAAUCCACUUUAUAUAAAGCACAUUUUAAAACUGUUUUUGUCCCAAGGUGCUGUAUAGUAAUUUAAAUAUACAUUAAAAGCAAAUGUAACGGUAAUCUUAAAAUAAUUUUGAAAAAAAAGAUAAGUAGCAUGACAGCAAUGCUAGCUUAAAAGAAUAAACGUUUUUGAGAUAUGAUUUACCCUCAGGUUGUUUGUUUUAUUUCAUUCAUUUAAAGUAACGAUAAAAAAAAAACCAUUCAACAUAUCGUUUAUGAUAAUGAACCAAACGGAGCAGAAAGAAGUACAACUUUUGUCCGCCCCCUAUUCAUAGUUACUUUUGUUGUUAAAUUUAGACUAGCUAUUCAUAAAAUACUUAUUUUAUAACAUGCACCAAUAUAACUAAACAUGGAAACAAUAAUUUACCUCAAGUCAUAUCUUUUCAUCAUCAUGAUUUGUAUUUUAUUUUUUGAAUACAGUAGGAGUUUAGAUAUUUUUAUUUCACUGUCAACGUUGUUCCAUAAACUAACACAUUUGAUUGAAAUGUUUAUUUCCUUUAUCCCUGUUCUGAAUCUCGAUUUAAUAAAGAGCUCAGUUCCUUUUAAAUUAUAAUUUCUCGUUUAACAAAUCAACUAUUGUGUAAACCUUUAUUGUGAAGGUGCGCUAGCUUCAUGAU